CAAACGCAAACUUCACAAGAGUAAAUUCCCUUUUCUAUUUUCAUUUUCCAGACCCUUCGAUUCGAACCCAAUUCGGGUACUCUCGUCGGCCUUGGGCCGCCGCAUUUCCACCACAACCUCUCUCACUCACAUCACACUUCGCUCUCAUCCAAUCUCUAAACUACCCUAUCUCUCUCUCUCUCUCUCUCUCUCUCUCUCUCUCUCAAUAUCGGCUCCUGCAUUUUAUUUAUUUGGCGGAGAAAUUUAUUAUCUUGGCGGCAGGCAGAUAGAAUAGAUCGGAAAUGGAGAAAUCUUCCAAGAGCUGCCGCAAUGGAUUCGAAGACGAUGUCGAUGAGCCCUCAUUGAGGAUUUGAGCCCAAGCCCAAUCCCGCACAUGCUUAUUGGACUAGACCCAACCCGGCCCAUCAGGAAACAGUGGCGCCAAAUAAUUAACGAAACGACCCAAGGUGGCGCCAACAUCAUUUCCCGCGAACCGAAAUUAGCGCGCGAAAUGCGCCCCAUUGGUUAAAUAGGCACAACAACAUCGCAGGAACCAAAUCCGUAAAGGCCGAAAAAAAAAAAAAGAAGUCAGACAGCAAGAAUUAAGAUAUGGUGGUGCUGGGGAGAAGAACUCAAGCCCCCAAGCCUCUUUCUCGUUCUCAAAUAGUCGACGAUGACUCUGAUAGUGCUUCGGAUUCUGAAUACGGCGACGUUUCCUGCGAGGAGUGUGGGUCAGGUGAAUCUCCGGCCGAGCUGCUUCUGUGCGACGGCUGUAACUGUAACAGAGGGUACCAUUUGUUUUGCCUGAGACCCAUCCUUGUUCACGUGCCUAAAGGAAAGUGGUUUGGCCCUUGUUGCUCCAAGAACAAAAAGCCCAAGUCUUUCCCUCUCCAUCAGACCAAAAUUAGUGAUUUUUUUCGGAUUAAGAGGUCUGCGGACUCACUCCAGAAGAUAAAUCAAGAUAACCGAAAGAGGCGAAGGCGGGCAAGCAGCCUGGUGAUGUCCAAAAAGAAAAGGAGAUUAUUGCCCUUUAGUCCCACCGAGGAUCAUACAAGGAGAAUGCAACAAAUGGCGUCACUAGCAACAGCAUUGACUGCCACUGGGACUAAGUUCAGUAAUGAGCUUACUUAUAGGCCUAGAAUGGCACCCAGGUCGGCCAAUUGUGCAGUUCUUGAGCAAGGAGGAAUGCAGGUUUUGUCGAAAGAAGAUAUUGAAACUUUGAAUUUGUGCAAAAGCAUGAUGGAUAGAGGAGAAUGUCCACCCCUCAUGGUUGUUUUUGAUCCCCAGGAGGGGUUCACAGUAGAGGCUGAUAAAUUUAUCAGGGAUUUGACAAUAAUUACAGAAUAUGCUGGAGAUGUAGAUUACUUGAAGAACCGUGAAAAUGAUGAUGGGGAUAGCAUGAUGACAUUGCUUUCAGCUGCUAACCCUUCAAAAAGCCUUCUCAUUUGUCCUGACAAGCAUGGUAACAUUGCCCGCUUCGUCAAUGGCAUCAACAAUCACACACCGGAUGGGAGAAAGAAGCAGAACCUAAAAUGUGUAAGAUAUGAUGUCAAUGGUGAGAGUCGGGUUUUACUGAUUGCAAACAGAGACAUACCAAAAGGGGAGCGAUUGUAUUAUGAUUACAAUGGAUAUGAGAAUGAAUAUCCAACCGAGCAUUUUGUCUAGCCCAUUUUAAGUUAUUCAACACCCACUCACCUUCACCAUAGCUAAAUCAAGCUUUUUCUUUUUUGCCAACAAGCUAAAUUAAGCUUACGGGGCCGCUAACAGGCUAAUUGUAUACUCAUGACAGUUUUUUUUGGACCACAAUUUUGGGUUUAUUUAAAUUCAAAGUUCUGAAAUGAGAAACUUGAAAAGGAAA